UCUUUAGUCAAACCAUCAUUCCUGCUUCAUACAGACAUACAGUUCAUACUCUUGAAUUUUUUUUUUCUCUAUAUAAACACCUCCCAUGCUGUUCUAGAGCCUCUAUCUUCUAGUCCUGGAAUUGCUUGAUUUCUUUCUUUGUGUUAAUCGUCUCUUCCAAUCUUAUAUUUUCCUCUUCUUUUCCUGGUUUUGAGUUUGUUUCUUUACAAUUGAAAGUAAAGAAAGAAAAAAUGCCGGCUGUAGGAGGAAUUGGCCCUGGUAGGGGCAAGGAGUACCCGGGAAACCUUACCCCAUUUGUUACUGUAACAUGUAUUGUUGCAGCCAUGGGGGGUUUGAUUUUCGGUUAUGAUAUUGGGAUUUCUGGUGGAGUGACGACAAUGUCCCCGUUUCUCCGGAAGUUCUUCCGAAAAGUUUGGGAGAAGAAAGAGGCUGAUAAGUCGACAAAUCAAUAUUGCCAAUAUGAUAGCCAAACGCUGACGAUGUUCACAUCUUCACUGUAUUUGGCUGCUCUUUUGGCUUCCCUGGUUGCCUCCACUGUCACCCGUGAGCUUGGAAGGAAAUUGUCCAUGCUUUUCGGUGGUUUACUUUUCUUUGCUGGUGCUCUUAUCAAUGGCUUUGCCAAAGCUGUUUGGAUGUUGAUUGUUGGUAGAAUUUUACUUGGUUUCGGUGUCGGAUUUGCCAAUCAGUCUGUGCCACUCUACCUUUCUGAGAUGGCACCCUACAGAUAUAGAGGAGCAUUGAACAUUGGAUUCCAAUUAUCAAUUACAGUUGGAAUCCUUAUGGCCAACGUGCUGAAUUAUUUCUUUGCUAAGAUCAAAGGGGGCUGGGGAUGGCGCCUGAGUUUGGGUGGUGCAAUGGUCCCAGCCCUUAUCAUCACAGUUGGAUCUCUAGUCCUCCCAAAUACACCAAAUUCUAUGAUUGAGCGUGGCCAAACUGAGAAAGCCAGGGAGGAACUCAAGAAAAUUCGUGGGGUUGAUGAUGUUGAGGAGGAAUUUAGGGACCUUGUUGCUGCCAGUGAUGCAUCAAAGCUAGUUGAUCACCCUUGGGGAAACUUAUUGCAGAGGAAGUACAGGCCCCAUCUAACCAUGGCCAUCUUAAUUCCCUUCUUUCAACAACUAACUGGCAUUAAUGUCAUUAUGUUUUAUGCUCCUGUAUUGUUUAACACAAUUGGUUUCGGAAACGAUGCUUCUUUAAUGUCUGCUGUGAUCACUGGUAUUGUUAACGUUGCUGCAACAGUGGUUUCAAUCUAUGGUGUUGAUAAGUGGGGAAGGAGAUUCCUUUUCCUAGAGGGGGGAGUUCAAAUGUUGAUUUGCCAGGCUAUUGUGGCAGCUUGCAUUGGUGCUAAGUUUGGAAUUAACGGGAACCCUGGUGACUUACCCAAAUGGUAUGCCAUUGUUGUGGUGCUUUUCAUCUGCAGUUACGUAGCCGGAUUUGCCUGGUCUUGGGGACCUCUUGGAUGGCUGGUGCCUAGUGAAAUUUUCCCAUUGGAAAUCCGAUCAGCUGCACAAAGUAUCAAUGUUUCUGUCAACAUGAUUUUCACAUUCUUAGUGGCUCAAGUGUUCUUAGCCAUGCUCUGCCACAUGAAAUUUGGGCUCUUCCUUUUCUUCGCCUUCUUUGUGGUGCUAAUGUCCAUCUUUGUUUACUAUUUCUUGCCCGAGACAAAGGGCAUCCCAAUUGAAGAGAUGAACCAAGUAUGGAAGUCACACUGGUACUGGUCCCGAUUCGUUGAAGACCUUGAUUACCCCAAUGGAGGUAUGGAGAUGAAGAAGGGAGGCCAGGGUCCAAAGAAUGUGUAACUUACCCUGGAUUACUUACUUUUUCAUUGUUUUUAAAUUUAGCUUAGGUUUCAAUGUUCUUGGAUCAAGGUUACAUAAAUUUCUUCCUGAUUAAAAACCUCUGGCUAGAAGAGUCUUGUGCUUUGUUUGAACCUGGAAAUUUCAAUAUAUUAAAACCAGGAAUGUCCCUGGACAACCUAAAUAAGAAUCUCUAUGAAUUUUGAAUGACGUACUUCCCACUUUGCAACAUAA